CAGAAGCAUCGGAGAAGGAAAAAAAGGCGAAAACCGAAACGAGCCAUUAGAGAAGAGAGCAAAAGAAAGGAAUUUGCGAAUCCAAGCUGUCACAGGCCGUUUAAAAUUAGUGUCCAAAUUGUCCGAAACAUUGUGCGAACCUGCCGUUGACCAGUACCCGAUUGUAGUCCGAAAAGCGGCGCACCCGUUGGAUGUAAAAAUAGUCCCGCGGGAACGGUGAAAAGCGCUACAUUUGCAAUUAAGUCAAGCGCUACCUGCCUAUAGGACGACUGCUGCCGUGCUGAGCUGCCUGUGUUUUGAAUGACCAGUUGCAUCGGCGGAGGGUACGAUGGCCCCGUAGGUGGAAUGCAUUGCGAUUAUAUUCCGCCAACGCAGCAGCAGCCACCACAAGCAGGAGGACGAAGAGGUAUGCCGAAAAGGUCGGAACCAGGGGAAAUUACCGGACCGGGUAGUCGCAGUAAGAAAAUGAACAAAUUGGAAUCGGCUGUUGGACCAGGACAACAGCAACAAUCGGUAGGACCACGGGGAGACAACGAUUUAAUGAAUAGUUUUGGUCUUGGAAAGGAAGACAACUCACCGAUGAAGGGAGGAGUAUCCGUAGGAAACGGACCAAAAUCAUCGGACUCGUGCAGUAUCAACAGUAGCGUGGCAAAUAGUGGACCAGGAAUUGACACUAUGUCGAAAAUGGGUGGCCCCGGUGGACCGGAUGGACAUCCGGAGGGUGCCAAAAUGAAUCAGGGAAUUCCGGGAAUGAUGUCAAACAAACCAUCGAAUAAAUUGGAAUACACACAACAGCAGAGUCAAAUUUUCGUAUUCAGCACGGGUUUGGCGAACAAAGGCGCGGAAGCGGUGAUAAAUGGCCACUACAACUCGAUCAUUGCCUAUCAUUGUGCUCAUAUGCAAAAACAGAAUCGACUCGUCCCGUGUGGUCCGGAUGAUGGAGUAGCUGGAGCGAUGUCGCCGUGGAUGGAUCAUGGGCACGGUUCACCGGAUCAUCACAUGCGAAUGAAUGCAGGCCCUGGCGGUCCCGGUGGACCUCCAGAUGGUUUAAAAAAGCCAGCCACUAUUCACCACACUCCGAACUCAUGCCUGGAGAAUGACAACUCGGUGCCAAUGUUCGCAAACGAUCAUCACAUGGGAUGGAUGGGACCCGGUGUAGAUGGAGGCCCAAUGGGCGGAAAAAAGUCCGCCACAAUUCACCAUACCCCAAAUCCGUGUAAGGAUCAAGACGGUUCACUUCCAAUGUACCCUAAUGAUGGACAUCAUAUGCGAAUGCCCGGGCCCGACGGAAUGUCCAAACCAUCGACGAUACACCAUACUCCAAAUUCAUGCCUUGAUGGGCCUGAACAAUCGGGUGAUCAUCCUGGUGGACCUGGUCCUGGCCAUCCAGGACCUGUAAUAAAAAUGGAAAAUCCUUCACCAGGGGGGCCCGGGCCUGGAAGUGGAGGUCAUACCAGCUCGACUAUCAUAGAUAAGAUGAAUUCCCUGGUCGCUUCCCUACCACUCAUGAAAGGAGGAAAUGUUCUCUCACAAUCCCGAGGUCACCCGCAGCCAUCGUUACAAGGCGUGAAAGUACCAGACGAAAACCUCACCCCACAACAGCGGCAGCACCGUGAACAGCAAUUGGCCACACUCAGACAAAUGCAGAAAAUAUUCUUCCCUGAGAAUCGAGGAAUGAUGGAUCCGCACGGUAUGGGCAUGAGGCCUCAAUUCCGAGGUGGUAUGCCCUGUCCUGAUUUCGGAGGACCACCGAAUCGGCCAUUGAAUCCAGCUUUCAUGAACACUCCUCUGGGUGCGAAUGGCCCCAUGGGUGGCCCGGAUGGACCUGGCCCAGGUAUGAUCAACGAACAGAUUCCACCUAUGCAGUACAAUAAACCGGGCAUGAUGAACCCCGGAAUGUACAUGGGUGGUCCAGGAGGUGGACCAAUGGGUCCUAUGGGGGGACCUAUGGGUCCCGGCGGUGGUGGUCCUAUGGGACCUGGAGGCCCUAUGGGGCCGAUGGGUCCUGGUGUUCCGAUGAACCGCAUGUACAAACAAGAUCCAGAUCCCAUAUUCCCCCCGAUGAGUGAAAUGGGUGGAGGCUACAACAGUAUGAACAAUCACGGUGGUCCCGGCCCCGGUCCAGGAAUGUUUAAUCCUGGAAUGCAACGAAUGGGUGUUCCUGGAGGUCCUGGCCCAGGUGGCCCCGGUGUUCCCAAUAUGAUGCCCAAAAUGCCAGACCAAGGUGGACCUCUUCCGCAUUCUCCUCUAGUGGAUGACGUUGACCCCCUGAAAGGAGGAGGGCCUCACCAGAUGAUGCUUCCGAAUGCCCCCCAGCAGCAGCAACAGCAACCAGGUACACCAGGACCAAAUGGUCCCGGUGGCAGCAAUGGCACUCCCAACCCGCAAGGUGCUCAAAAUCCAACCAACAAUGGCAAAUCGAAGGAACAGUCAGUUUCUCCAGAACACCACCAACAGCAGCAGCAACAAGGAGGACCCGGCAGUCAGCAAGGACCAUUAACACCUCAAACGCCCCAGGGAGGACACCCGACUCCGGGUGGCGCUGGUGGGCCCCUAACGCCCCAGACGUCAAUGGCCAGCACCUAAGUGGUAAGUAAGUUGUAAAAAAAACAUUUUCUUCUGAAAAUCUGCCUUAUGAGAUACAACACAUACCCAUGGGUCGGGUCGGAUCGGGUCGUUGAAUUGGGGAUGGAACUUUUUGGAAGCCACACGCUGCUCUUCUGAAUGUAACGUGCGGUGAAAUCUUUACACGAGUAAGAAAAAAUAAGUGAGGGAGGGAGCAUGAAGCAAGCAAAAUAUAGUUAAGUGGAUAGGUAAAACCGAAAAUAACGAACGACAAAAACAAACGUGUACGUUGGUAUAAGCUUCUUAUGUUUAAAUUGCAUUGAUCAAAAUUUGAAAAAAAAACUUUAGUUUGUAUUAUUCUACAACAUUUUUGAAAACGUUAACUUGGUUCAAAUUACCUAAUAAUACAACAGAUGGUGUAGCGAAGAGUUAAAUAACAAGCAAUCAUUUUUGUUUAGAACAUGCUUUGCAUUUUUUAUUCAAUUUAAAAAAAUGAAAUAUCAAAUCCCAAGUGCAGCGUUUUUGAUUGAUUACAUAAAUAAGACUAACACAGAAAGUGAAAGUAAUAAUUAACAGUUAAAUAAAAAAGUGUAAUAAUUUUAAAAAAA